UUAAAAACAACCCUCUUUUUCGGUUGUAGUGGGUGGAUAUAUAGGUAUCGAUAUAUGCGCAGAAAGAGGUGCGCGACAACAAACCUUUAGUAGUCGAUAGAAUUUUACGUUAUUUCAAGUACGUGCUGUUUUAAAAAAAGAUUAUCGCAAGAAUUAUUAACAACCAUUUGGUAGCCGCCCUUAUCUACUAAUUGUCUAUCUUCCAUAAAACUAAACAUGGCUUUUGCUGGAUUAAAGAAACAAAUCAACAAAUGCAACCAGUAUGUUACAGAAAAAAUGGGUGGCGCAGAGGGAACGAAAUUGGAUUUGGACUUUAUGGAUAUGGAACGUAAGACGGACGUCACGCACGAGUUGGUUGAAGAACUUCAGGUGAAGACGAAAGAGUUCCUGCAGCCGAAUCCGAACGCGCGCGCGAAAAUGGCCGCGGUUAAAGGUAUUAGUAAACUGAGCGGGCAGGCUAAGUCAAACACUUAUCCGCAACCAGAGGGGGUCCUCGGUGACUGCAUGCUGACCUAUGGGAAGAAGCUCGGCGACGACAGCAUGUUCGGACAGGCUCUCGUCGAGAUGGGGGAGGCCCUCAAACAAAUGGCAGAUGUUAAGUAUUCCCUUGAUGAUAAUAUCAAACAGAACUUCCUGGAACCAUUACAUCACUUACAAACUAAGGACCUUAAAGAAGUUAUGCAUCACCGGAAAAAGUUACAAGGCCGAAGACUCGAUUUCGAUUGUAAACGUCGCCGUCAAGCCAAAGGUUCGCAUAUUACAGAUGAGGAGAUUAAAAUGGCCGAAGAUAAAUUCGCGGAGUCUCUCCAUUUGGCUCAAGUGGGGAUGUUUAAUCUCCUCGAAAACGAUGUUGAACAAAUAUCUCAAUUAGCAACGUUUGCUGAUGGCUUAAUAGACUAUCAUAGUCAAUGUACGGAAAUUUUGAAAGCUUUAUCUGAAACGCUUCAUGAAAAGAGGGAUGAAGCUGCAAGUCGUCCAAAAGUAGAUUUUAAUCCGAAAACUUUAGCUGAUCUUAAUAUAGAGGGCGUCGACGGAAUGAAUGGUACGAAUUUUAACAAUCCCGUUAUAAGUACUCGCCCUACGCCUGUUUUUAGGUCCACAUCCAUAACACAACCUACCCAAAAAUCCGACCCUUUUGAAUGGAACAAUUUUACAGGCUCUUCCCAAUUGUCUUCGCCCCAACAUAAACCGUACCAGCUUGAAUUGACAUCGGGACAACAUUCGGCGAACGUUUUGUCAGCGUCGCCGUUACCAUCUCCGAUGAAAUCCCCGGCGAGGACUCCAAUGACUCGAGCUCCAUGUUGUACGGCUCUUUAUGACUUUGAAGCCGAAAAUAUGGGCGAACUCGGGUUUAAGGAGAAUGAUGUAAUAACAUUGAUUAAUAAAAUCGAUGAGAAUUGGUUCGAAGGAAGCCUGAAUGGUCGCACGGGAUACUUUCCGGUAUCGUAUGUGAGAGUUGACAUUCCAUUGCCAUAAAUAAAUUUGUAGCCAUUUUCGCCAGUUUUUAACGAUUACGAUAUUAUUUCCGUGUUUUCCGUUCGUCUUUAUCUACAUUGUAUUUGAUUAGAAUUAGUUGUAUAUAUAUAAAUACGUUUAAAAUUGUUUCAUCUUAAUUGGUUAAUUAUUUUUUUUAUGAAUAUAUAAAUGCGCUUGCCUUUUUAAAAGUCGUUAAAUUUUUUUAUUAACUGAUUGUACUAAUUUUGAGAUUAGAAAGAAUAAUAAUAAUAAUAAUAGACGAUUUAAAAAACGAUAACCAUUUUACGGAUAUGUACAAAUGUGAUGUUAUGAACGAUGAGAAAUGUUUAAAAAAACAAGCAACAAAAAAGAUAAUGAAAAUAACAAAAAAAUACAUAUAUUGACAUGU